UUCACUCAAUUGAAACUACUUCAAUAAUUAGAUCAUAAGCCAUGUCCACAUUUCAUUCUCCAUGAUAAAUCGUCGCUCGCUGUUUCUGCACCCUUCACCAUUAUAUAGAUCCAACGAUCACCAAGGAAACUGAAUGAUAGUUAAAUAUGGUACUGCUUAUCGUUGACGCUCUCUCGUCGUACGGAGAAGCUUUUAUAUAAAUCUUACGUCCUUAUUGUCGUUUCUAAUGAUAAUUUAAUGCGAUAAUUUAACCGCAUAUUGAUAGAAUUUUUAUUCGGUAUGCAGCGAACGUCGAUGUUACCUUGUCUUCCAGGUUUUAGCUUUGACAAGAACCUCGGUAGAACCAAAUUUCACAGAAGCCAUCACUUCACCAAGAUACACGAUGGUGUUUAUUACUUAUCCGAGAAGGCGGACACGAUCGCUCGCAGCCGUUAUCCGUCCAUGUGUCCCCCGGGGGAGGUGCAGGAAAUUCCUUCGUGGCUCGCGUAUGACGGCCAAAGACUCAUGUUCAAAGCGUUUUUCCAAGAGACCGUGAAGGAAAAAUGGAAAACGACUUAUCAAAUCCGCUUGGUAAAGAUCAGUUUCUUCCUGGAGGACGGAACAAUAAAAAUCGUGGAACCAGCAGUGGACAAUAGUGGACUUGAGCAAGGAAUCUUGGUCAGACGUCAAAGAAUACCGAUGCCCGAUUCAGUGAAAUACAGAUACUACGACAUACUUGACUUAAAUAUUGGCAAAGAACCCGAGAUCUACGGGCGCGUGUACAAAAUCAUAGACUGCGAUAAAUUUACGAGGCAAUUUCUUAAUCGCAUGGGAAUCCCUGUACCCGACCCCAUCGAUCCACCGAAGGAUCCGAAUUACGAAAGUCAGAAAGUCGAGGUUUUUCCGAAGAAACCCAGUCGCACGACAGACACCCUCGGCAGCUUUUUAAAGUACGACAGGCAGGUGCUGCGAUUUUACGGCUACUGGGACGACACAGAGAACCUGCACGGGAUCGUACACGAUCUCGAGCUACAUUAUUAUCUUGCCGAUAAUACGAUGGACAUCAAGGAGAACGUGAUGCAGAACGUGGGUCGUGACUCGGGACUUAUGUUCGUUAAGAGAAUGAAAAUACCCAAAUUUUUCACUGAGUUGCAACCGAUCGGCGCGGAGGAUCCUUUCACGGUUCUGAACGUCUUGGGCGAAAACAGAUUGCGAAGCUAUUACAUAACGGAUCCUUUGGAAACCGGCAAGGUGUCCGUCGAUUAUUACAAGGACAACGAAUUAUGUAUCGGUGCGGAGAUCGACGUUUUCGGCAGAAGAGUCGUCAUCACCGACAUGGACACCUUCACCAAGGAGUAUUACCGGAUGAAGUACGGUUUGAAAGAUUUUACGCCUCUACCGCGACUUGGAAGAGACGAACUAGGUCAGAAGGUGGAGAGAUACAUACCACCGUACAACGGCUUCGGAUCCUACGAGGACUCUCUCGGGAAUUGCUUAAUGAUGAUACCGAAAGCACCUAAGCCAGAUUUCAUCAAGUUUAUGCGUCAUGACAAACAAGGGUUUGACAGCCACGUUUUGAGAUUCCGGGCGAGAAUGGUAUCGAAAAUCCCUGCUAACGAAAACAGACAAUUCAUCAUAAGAGUGUUCCUCAUGGAUGAUACGAUAUCCAUUUUCGAAUUGGCCAAACGAAACUCAGGUUUUCUGAGGUCCCUAUUUCAAAAGCGAAUGCCAAUAAUCCUGCCGGGACAAGAUAUCUUUACGAGCAAGAAACCGGAGUAUUACAAGCCACAAGAUUUUUACGUAGGCGCGUGUGUCAACUUGUCUGACUUUCAUUUCAAAAUUACGUCCGCGGAUACUUACGCCCUCCGUUACAUGGAGUUACACUGCGAUAAAUUUCCCAAAGCAAACAGGAAAUUGAUAAUGGAGAAGCUCAAAGAGAAUUUACAGCCGGUUUAUGAUGAAUUCGUUCAAACGUAUGCUCCGCCUAAAGAUACGAAAGAUAAUAUUCGAGUGUUGGAAUACGACAUGUUCAAGGAAGCGAUGAGCCGAUUUAUGGGUGAGAAGAUAACAGAACACGAAAUGAUCACGAUUGCACGGCACUAUUCGUCCCGCGAGAAGAUAGAACUCCGAAUGAGAGAAUACGUGAGAAAUCUGCUGCAUACGGAACUAGGACGAUUUCUGUGGAACGAUCUCGAUCGCCUACGAGAGAAUUUACAGCAUUGGGACAGGGAUAAAACGGGAUACUUGCCGCGUGAAUCCUUGUACACGAUCCUGCGCGGUUGCAGGGUUCCCGUUGACGUGGAGUUAUUGAAUUCGAUGUUAGACCAUUUGCGCAAAUCUGAAGAUGGCAAGCUGGAUUACAACGACCUGCUGCAAUUCAUGAACGUUAAGAUCGACCCUCUACCACCAAUCACGCCCGUAAAUAUAAAGACGGCGCUCUGGUGGGCAUCCGAGGAAGAGCCGGAUUGCGGAGCCGGAAUAAACUGGUGCGAGUUCGUGAAGGACCUGGACAUAGGAGCGGAAGAUAGCACGGUGGAGCGGGGCGAAAACGUGGAAGUGCAACUCGCGCUGAGGGAGAACUGAACGUGUCAGGGCAGCGGAGCACGAGUAUAUUUCGCGAUUCUUAUAACACCUAAUAAUUUUCUCGUGGUAAUUAUGAACGUCUCUGUUAAUUAUCUCGUGUAUCCGGAUUCUCCGCGGGAUACUUUGUACGCGAGCAAUGUGAUAGCUUAUCGUUAUCGCCUUGGAUUUACGAGCGUGGUCCUCGGAAACGAAGCGAUACUUACCAGCACCGAGCAACUACCGUUAAAAACCAAGUUUCGAGAGCCGGCUUCCGAGGCGCGUGUAAAUCUCUUGCCUUUGGUAGAUAGGUGGGUGAUAAAUUUUCCGAAUCGUGUCUAUAAGAUUAUUUACGACGAUGAAUUCACGACAAUCUAUUCGCGUCGCAUGGCGCGCUGAAUUAUUCAUACGCGCGCAAGAUUUCACUUUUGAAAUUAAGCCUGGCCGCGCGCGAAUAAACAGCAUUAAAUGCGAUCGUGUGCGAGUUGUGAUUUUCACUCGGCGGGAUCGGGGAAACGGUCGAACGAGGGUUGCCAUUUCCAAGCCGAUGUGUAUUUGUAGAAUGUAAUGUUACAUCUCCCUU